ACAAGCAAUAUGGCGGACUCGGAGACACAAAGUAUCGACACGAGCAAUGAAACGGGGGAAGAUCCUUUACAAGAACUAUCUGAUGACCAACUGUACAAACUUUUGGCUGACACAUUGCAUGCAAAUGAAGUCCUUGCAGCUGAAACACAGAUGUUUGAGAAGUUUCUCAAUAGAGUGGAACCUAAAGAUGCUGGAGGGGUACAUCAGUCAACCCCAUUCACUGGUAUGGCGUCAACACAGUCAAACCAUGAGAAUGUUAGAACUGUUGGUAGGAAGCGGUCGAAGUCUCGCAGCAGUAACAUGGACAGAAGUCUCCGUCUGACAGCUGAACAAAAAUGUGACAUAGCACAGAGGGAAAUUGAAGAACUGAGGGAAGAAAUCGACACCCUUAAAGAGGAAUCUGAGAAAGUUUUAGAUACCUACAAGGCCAUUAUGGAAGAAGCAGACCUCAGAUUGGCUGAAAUCAAAAAAGAAUCCUAUGAAUUUGAGAGAGACAUUACGAAGGGAGCAGUGAACUCCAGGACAGGAAAAGUUGUUGCUGAGAAAGUUAUCCGUUACUUUGAGGACAAGUUACGAUCUAGGGAUACAUUAAUUGAGAAGUUACGUCUGAAAAAUUCCACCUUGAAAGUUCAGAAGAAGAAGUUACAUCUUCAGCUGAAGCAGAAAGAAGAAAUGGGCGAAGUUCUCCAUGAGGUUGACUUUAACCAGCUGAAGAUUGAAAAUCAGCAGUAUUUGGAGAAAAUUGAUGAGAGGAAUCAGGAUCUUUUGCGGCUGAAACUGAUGGCAGGAAACACAUUACAAGUGCUCAACACUUAUAAGAAAAAGCUGCACACAUUGACCAUGGAGUCUGAACGACUGAAGUCUGAAAUUUCAUCCAGAAACAAUCUGUUGUGGCGUAUUGAUUCUGAGACAGAUGCUGUAGAGCAGGAGAGGUCAAAAGCUGAAAAGAUCAACCGCAAGUUACGUCAGCAGCUGGCAGACUUCCGAGUUCCAGAGGUGAUGGAGUAUGUUAACGAGAAGGCAGAUCUGUACGAAAUCCAGAAGAAAGUCAAGAGCUGGGAGAGGAAAGUGGAAAUUGCAGAUAUGGCUUUGAAGACACACAGGAAAACCUGGAACUUGAUGCAGAUGGGGAGUAACAGCAUGACGCAGUGGAGAAUGAUGGAAACUGCUUAAGGGGAAACAACUCUGUCCGGAGAAACAACUUUAGACCUUAACCUAACUUCAGACAUUUUGUCUAUGAGAAUUUAUUUAUCGUUAUAGCACUUAAGAUUCUUGAUACUUUUUUACACUGUGUGGACCAAGACAUGUACACUUGGGUCAAAAUGGUCAAGUCACUCAAGUUUACAGACGAUGCAUGUUAUUUCAAACUUCUGUUGUCCACUUAUGAUCCACAAAUCAUGUUCUGACAUUUGGGUUUCGGUAAGGAGUUACAUUCUUCAUAUUUCCCCAUAUUGCUUGUUGUUGCUAUUACUAAUAUGUAUACAUGUAUGUACCUGGUUGUGUAACUUUGAAAUAAAC